AUGGGAAAUUCCAAAUCUAAAGAGAUCACUAAACAUGCAAAGGUUGCUUUCACGCCUGAAUAGCUGUAAUAACUGGAAAAGUUGUUUGCAGGUCUAAAUGGAGGCAAAGAUCUUGUGGAAAGAUCUUUUCUAUCUCACUUCCCUGAAAACCCAGACUUUUCAAUUAAAUUGUUCAACUGGAUGGUCGAGCGAAGUCCGAAUCACUAGGUUGAUUACACUAACUUUGUAGUGUUAUGUAAGUUCUAGUUAUGAUGUUUAGUGGAGUUACUUCUUAAGGAAUUGAAGGACUAUUAUCUAAGUGACUAUAAGUUUAGAAAUUUGGAGAAGUUUGAAUUAUUUGCCUUGAUCAGUUUGGAAUGUUUGGAAAAUGACAAGGACUGCAUAAACAGGUAGUUAAUCAAUAGUAGUUAUUAUAGAUUUGCUGUAUCCUAUUCACAGGGGAGCAUUGUUAUAAGGGAAUUAUUGAAUAUUUAUUCAGGAGGUUAAAUAACAAAUUCUUAGAGAAAUGAUUUGGCUGCCAGAUCAGUUACAAAUACUAUAUUUGAUCAAAAAGAUGAAAUGCCCUUCAAUCAAUUUGUUAGUAUGGCCAAAGCUCAGUUGAUAUAUGCAAACAAAUUAUGCAAACAUUAUUUUAAUGUGAAAUUUCUGGGAGAGCAAUCUCAGAUUCAAAUACCAAGAUUGAAUACUUCCAGUUUUAUCUUGAAUGAUUAGGUGUUGGCAUUACUUUAAUUGAGUUCUCCUGAUUUCAGUAAAGUCAAGUAAUUGUAAUUACAAUUUUCAUCAUCUGUGAGUGAGGAUGAUUUGGAUCACAUUGCAGAUAUUGUAAUAAAUGCUUAGAAACCAUUGUUGUUCAUAUUUAGAAAUAGAGAAGAUGAAUGUAAAUUAUUAUUAUUAUCAAUCUUAUUAAGCAUAAAAUGACACUUUCCAACAACAAGUAUUCGGAGCCUAUAUCUCAAUUGAUCCAACACUCGAAACUCAUUACAUAAGGAGAAAACUUAAGGAUCCCAUGAAUAUUCUUUAUAGUGAUAGUGAUCCUAAGAGUUUGUAUUUUGGAGAUGAAAAGAGCUUCCUAUUCUCAUUGCUCCCAAAAUAUUAACUAUUCAUGAGUACCUUUGAUCAACGAUCCAAAUAAUGUUUUGCUUAUAUAAACAAUAGAUCUUUCAGAGUUGAUCAACCUUUGGGAUUGGCAUUUGGAGGAGAUGGAAAAGGAAAUCAUAGAAUAUGGCUAGAUGAAAAUCUCAAGGGUAAUGCAACCUGCAGGAUCAAUAAUUAAUGUGAUCUCACUUACGAGAUGGGCUACAUAUUGGAACCUCACAUUGAAUUCUUGAAUGUAUGGCAUUUCUAUUUAAUAAAUUCAGUUAACAUGCAUCGAAAUUUGGAGUGUUGAGGAGAAGGAGGCCAAUACGCUAUUACAGAGCAAAAUUGUAGAAGCAGGGAAAGAGGAUCUACAAUAAAAGGAAGUUGAACAACAGAAGGAAAGUGUCAUUGAGUAAAAAUGAUAGAGGAAG